CUCCAUUCAGCUGACCCGCCUGUCGUGCACGGGGAUAUCAAAGCACAAAAUAUUCUUAUUACACAAGGCCAUCAGACACUGCUCGCUGACUUUGGUCUUUCUCGUAUUUGCGAGGCGGCGGGAUUUACCACUCAAACUGUCAAUGGAUCAUGUCGGUGGAUGGCCACAGAAUUAUUGAGGGUAUCUGCUGAGGAUAGACCGACUCAAACAACUACAGUUUCGGACGUCUGGUCCUUUGGAAUGACAAUCCUAGAAGUGCUGACCGGAAAGCCCCCAUUUUCCGAGGUAUGGAUUAACGCGGCUGUAAUCAUGAAGAUUCAU